AUGACAACAACAAACCACUUGAUCUCGAUCUGGGUUUCAUCACCAGACUCAUACUCAGAACGCAGAUGGUCACCACACCUCACGAUAUCAGAACUAAGAGCCAAGCUUCAACCGAUCACUGGCAUCCCAGCAGGCUCACAAAGAUUGGCAUUAAGCCUUAUCCCAGGACAGUCGGACAGUACUCGAUCGAUCCUACUAGAUAACGAUCAACUGAGCUUAUUGGAUUAUGGAGUACAAGAAGGAGUUACCAUCGAUGUCAUCGACACCGAUCCUCAUGCUGCUUCUCAAGCGGGACAGUAUAGCGAUGUGAGCCAAGUUGAGAAGUUUGAACUACCUAAAGAGGAGUACGAAAAACGAUCAGAUAGUCUAUUGGCGUUCAAGAUGAGAAACAAGUUAGGUAGAUUCAACGAUCCAGCCAAAAGCACACAAGAAGACCCAUCAGAAUCGGCCACACUUAGUCAGACUGAGUUACUCGAACGUUAUCCGCUCGGAUCUCGCUGUCAAGUCAGCAGUCUGACCAACCCAUCAGAAACAAACCCAUCUCGAGGGACCAUCCGAUUCGUUGGACCAGUAGAAUUCAAUCACAAGCAUCCGUAUUGGAUCGGGAUUGAAUUAGAUGAACCAACUGGGAAGAAUGAUGGCUCAGUCGAGCUCCAUCGAUAUUUCACUUGUCCCCCUAAACGUGGGAUCUUCGUCCAACCUGAUCGGAUCCUCAUCGGCGAUUUUCCUCCAAUCGAUUUGCUUCAAGAUGAUGAUGAUGAUGAAAUCUAG